AUGAAUCAAGAUUGGAAACGACCAGAUUUACCAAGUAAAUGUACAUUUAGUUUGGAUCGAUCAAUCACUGAAAGUGUUCAUCAUCAUAUUUCAAUUUCAAAACGAAAUAAAAUUGUCAAUAAUGCAUUAGAAUUAAUUGGUAAUACCCCACUGAUUCGACUUGAUCGAAUUGCUAAACAAGAAAAUUUAGAAUUAGGAAAAUGUGAAUUUCUUAAUAUUGGAGGUAGUGUUAAAGAUAGAAUAGGAAAACGUAUGAUUGAAGAAGCUGAACGUGAAGGUAAAUUGAAACAUGGUGAUACAAUAAUUGAACCAACUUCAGGAAAUACUGGCAUUGGAUUAGCACUUACAUCUGCUAUUAAAGGUUAUCGAUGUAUUAUUGUCAUGUCAGAUAAAAUGAGUACUGAAAAGGAAUCCUACUUAAGAUGCCUUGGUGCAGAAAUUGUUCGUACACCAGCUUCAGCAAAUUUUGACGAUCCAGAUUCAUUGUUUUUAGUGUCAGAAAAGUUAAAAAAUCAAAUUGGUCCAAAUGCACAUAUAAUGAAUCAAUAUACCAAUCCAUACAAUCCAAUAGCACAUUUUGAUGAGACAGCUGAAGAAAUUCUUGAAGAUUGUAUCGACGAGAAUGGACAAACCAAAUUGGAUAUGUUAGUAGUUGGUACUGGUACUGGUGGGACAAUAACUGGACUGUCAAGAAAAAUUAAAAUGAAAAUGCCUAAUUGUUUAAUUGUUGGAGUGGAUCCAAUUGGUUCUAUAUUAGCUAAUCCAGAAUGUCGAGAAACAACUCCAUAUGAUGUUGAAGGUAUUGGAUAUGAUUUUUUCCCUACUGUACUGGAUACAAAUGGAAUUGAUAAAUGGUGUAAGACAGAUGAUCAUGAAUCUUUUGAAAUGGCAAGGCGACUUAUACAUGAUGAAGGUUUACCAUGUGGAGGUAGUUCUGGUGCUGCUGUAGUUGGUGCUGUCAAAAUUAUCAAACAACUAGGUUUGGGAAAAGGUAGUCGAAUUGUGGUUAUUCUACCUGAUAGUGUACGUAAUUAUAUGUCUAAAUUUCUAUCAAACGAUUGGAUGUUUAGUCGAGGAUACAUGAAUUUCCCCCUUGGUAAUACAUUUCGAAAUAAUUGGAUUAAUGCUAAACUGGAUGAAUUAAUUGUUGGUCUACCGGAAACUGUCAAAAUCACUAGUGAAUAUACAAUAAAACAAGCAUCGGAUUUAAUUAAAACUAAGAAUGUAAGAGCAUUGUUGGUGAUAGAAAAUGAAGGAGAAGAAAUUCGUGUUCUUGGCGUAUUUGAUUCAAGCGUUCUGAAACUAUUGUUCAAUGGAUCUGUUAGGUCAAAUGAUCUUGUCGUCAAAGCGAUGAACAAAAAUUACAGACAAAUUCAAGAAGUACAUGGGCUUGAUCAUGUUUCUCGCGAACUUGUUGUUGAAUCAUAUGUAGUUUUAUGGAAGAACAAAAAUCCUUAUUUGGUAUGUCGUGAAGAUUUUCUCCAUUGGUCAUUGAUGAAAUAA